AACCCUUACGCGUCCUAACAUAUUUGUCAGUACAAUUUGCUACGAGCUCCAAGGGAACGAAAGAAAGGGAAAGAAGUAGUCCACAAAGGGUUCAGUAGUCUGUCUGUUUGACUUGAAGACUGAACGGGGUUUAGCCUACGUUGUCGGAAUUACAUCCUCGGACUAUAGCCUGUGCUUUAAAACGUGAAAGAAACGGGACUUGAGUACAAACGAUAAGGCAUUUCUUUUUCUUUUUCACGGAUUGCUCUCCAGUGAUCUCCAUCUAAAUCGGCUGGUGGACUAUGGAAUCUGGACUCACACGGCUCUGUACUCAAGCUUGAACGGUAACGCAUUAUAGAGUGACUAGUUGGAAUACACUGAAGUGGGCCCUUGGACACAAGCACCACACGAAGACUGUAAUUUCACUUUGCAAUUGGAACCACAAACGGGCAAAACCUCGCACGUCCGUAGCCUACAGGGAUACUGGCCUGCGGUUACUCCACUAUCCCCGGUUUUGUCCACUCUCGGUUCUUCAUCUUCCGGUCACGGAGCUCAGCGCAUGGACCGGCACCCAGACGCCCGCAGUUGUAGCUGUGCCAUCCGCGGAGCCACGUCCUGCUGCCCGGGUCUCGUCUCGAGCGAACCGUCCAUGAAUUUGUCCGUUAGGUCUACCACCGGUACGCGCUUCGAGCUCUCUCUUCCACGCGAGGAGACUGUGGAAGGACUGAAGAGGAGGCUCGCGCACAAACUCCGGGUCCCCAAAGAAAGACUCGCUCUCCUGCACAAAGACACGAGGUUGACCUCGGGGCCACUGCAGGACUUCGGCGUUGUGACCGGGAGUAAACUGACCCUGGUGCCGUCCGUGGAAAGUGGUUUGAUGUCGCAGUCAUCCAGACCCGAGCAGUCAAUCAUGCAGGCACUCGAGAGUCUCACGGAAACUCAGGUGAGUGAUUUCCUGUGCGGGCGCUCUCCUCUGACCCUGGCGCUUCGUGUGGGCGAUCACAUGAUGUUUGUCCAGCUCCAGCUGGCAGCGCAGCAGUCGGGCAGCCAGCAGCCACCCCACAGGCACACGUCCAGGGGUCCUUCAGGCGCGCAAGGGGCAGCCGCAGGGUCCUCGCCAACAGGAAGUGGCCACGGCCCACUCAGGACCCCCGUGCACACACAGGAGACAGCGAUGCCGGGGGCCAAUGAGACUCCACUGCGCUGCCCAUCUGCUACACCCGCCUCCCCCAGCACCGCCACACCCCGCCCACAGACUGAGGGCAGUUCUGCGAGCACUGCUACUGGAGGACAGGCCCGGAAGCCAGGGGCCGUCAUCGAGAGCUUCGUCAACCACGCCCCCGGAGUCUUCUCCGGAACAUUCUCAGGUACGCUGCACCCCAGCUGUCAGGACGUUGGUGGACGUCCACGCCGAGACAUCAGCACCAUCCUGCAGAUCCUCAACGACCUCCUGAGUGCCACGCGCCACUACCAGGGCAACACACCCUCGCCCACGCCCGCGCCCACGCCCGCCGCAGUGCCCACGCUGUGCCAGCUGAGAUGCCCGCCUCGACCUCGAGCGCACUCCUCCACCUCCUCCUCUCCUCCGCCAUCGCCCUCUCCAUCCCUCUCUCCACCAGUGUCCCCGCGCGCGCACACACACUCACACACAGCCGGACUGCAGCAACAACACGCCAAGACCACUGGUAGCGAGCGCGAGCGCCACUGGGAGAACCGGGCGACGCGCUGCAAGGUGGAGCGUCUCCAGCUGCUGCUCCACCAGCGCCGCCUCCGCCGCAAGGCCCGCCGCGACACCCGCGCCCCCUACGCCUGGUCGCCUAGCAACCGCAGGGUGGCGCGCAGCCACAGCAGCAGCAGCGCCGCCUCCUCCUCCUCCUCCUCCUCCUCGUCUUCAUCAGCGUCCCCGGAUGCGGACGCCGCCUCUCUGGAGCUGGAGUACGAGGACGCCGUGUGGAAGGCCGAGGGACCGCCCACUGACCUCAGCAGUGAGGUCAUCAUGGCUUGAUGGAGGGAUGGACGAAAGGGAGGGAAGAGGGAGAGAGAGAGGAGGGGAAGAAGGGUGUUGUGUUGAUGAGCGGAAAGAAAGGAAAGAAAAGAAAGAAAGAAAGCUGAACAGAGGAACUACAUGACGAGCUGAUGCUGGAUGGGACUGGAGUAGACCAGUGGAUGGCUGUGUGUGUGUAUUUGUGUGUGUGUUCGUUCUCUGGGACAGGAGAGUGCCGCUUCGCUCACACAACAAGCUGUGGACUUCAUAAUGAUAAAAACACAAAUGUGCUAUACACACACACACACUGGCCUUUCUGGGUUUGACAUUUGGUUCAUUGAAUGCUGGACAAAUAGACUGCACCCUCUGUGUGUGUGUGUGUUAGUUGACUUAUUCUUGUAUAACUUUGCGUGUGUGUGACUGAUUCUCACAGAGCCGCGUGUGUGUGUGUGUGUGUGUGUGUGAGUGUGAGGGAGAGAGAUUUAAGAGCGCACGUGUGUUGGCUACACACUUCAACUGGACUCCAAUAGAGCAGGACGGUACUGAGCUGACCGCUCCUCCAGGGCAUUGAUUGGAUAAAGUGUCUCCCUCAUUUGAGCUGACCACUCCUCCAGGGCAUUGAUUGGAUAAAGUGUCUCCUUCAUUUGAGCUGACCACUCCUCCAGGGCAUUGAUUGGAUAAAGUGUCUCCUUCAUUUGAGCUGACCACUCCUCCAGGGCAUUGAUUGGAUAAAGUGUCUCCUUCAGUGUCCGCAGACAUGCUCUGCGCUUCUCAGUACAACCACAAUUAUUAGCAGUAAUAUUAUUAUUAUUAUUUGUAUUAUGUAUUAAUAAUAAUUUGUUUGAAUGAUUUAUUUGUAUUUUCUACAUGGUGUUAUUGUUGAUGUUGUCACUGUAUGUUGUGGUUUCAGAUAUGUAGCAUUAAUAUCUAGCCCAGAUUCAGGUUGUGUUGCUCCCACUUCAGACUAGAACAAUAUUUUCUUGGCACAUUUGGCCGUUUUGUCUCUGGGAAUCUGUUUGAGCAUUAUGAUUUGGUCUGUUUGUUUGUUUGUUUGUUUGUUUGUGUCAGAGAGUUUGGGAUGAAUAGCAGCGCAAGUGCUUGACAGAGAUGAUGAAACCUCUACCUGCUCUCUGUUUCUCAUUUGACUUUUUUAUUUAGCAUUGGUAAAAACAUGACCAGCAAAACACAUAAUUUAUUGUGAUAAUAAAGAUUAAAGAAUGAUGAAAUCUA